GGUCUCAGAGCUCCAAGUCAGGGUGAAGUUGGGGUGGGGCUCCGGGAGUCACUCCAGUAGUCCCUCCCCCACCCACCGCACCUGUCUUUCAUUUUCAGUUCCUGAAAGUGUCUUAAAUCACUCUUGCUACCAUUACCAAGGCUGCUGUCUCCACGUGGGCUUGGGUUUUCCUUUUCCCCAAAGUCACAACAGUUUCCUCUCCGAACUUUUGGCCUCCAGCCUCUCCCUUCCGGCUCUUCCCUACACUGGCCUCAGAGGGAUCAUGUUGAUUACUAUCUGAUCCUGCCCCUUUCCUGCUCAAGAACCUUCCAUGGCUCCCCAUUGCCUUCAGAUAAAGCUCAAAGCUUGUCUGUCUGCCCCCACUGCUUGAACUAGUUGAGGGUCAGGACUGAUUCAAAUCUGUCCUUUUUUUUUUUUCUAUGAUAGUUUGUGAGUGAAUGAAUGAAUGAACGAUAUAAGUGAGGGUGUGUGUUACUUGUCCAGAUGAGGACUCUUUCAUACCUCUGACACUAUGUAGGCUAGCCUGAGACCCAUCCCGAGGAGGGCACCUCCACGAGGGUCCCGAGGCUCUGACUCUCCCGGAGGGGCUGGCCAGGUGGGAUUGUAACAACACUCCGACCUGCUGGAAGGGUGAACUUGCUUCAAGCUUAUGCACUCCUUGUGUGCUGACUUCAGACCCUCUAUCUGUACCAGAACUAGCUUGCUUUCUUUGAGGUUUGCAGCUCACUGACCUUGAGGAGUGAAGGACCAGACUUUCCCAGAAGAGAGGCGGGACUCCAUUCGAAGACAGCUGUCGUGGAUGCCAGCCAGUCUGUUCAGGGUCAUGUAUGAGGUCCGUGACCAACCACUUGGGCACCGGCUUCUCCUGCACUCAGCUCCCCUCCCUUUUCCUGUGCCGUCUUCCCAGGUUGCCAGCUUCCUGAAUAAAGCACCAUCGACUCGUCUCUCGAGUAUUGAUUUUUUUUUUCUUUUCUUUUAAUUCCAGUAUAGUUAACACGCAGUAUUAUAUUAGUUUUAGUUAUACUGGUUGACAUGACUAUUAUUUAUUUCCAAGCGGUGAGCGGCCGCACCUGACUUCAGGACCAGCUUUCUGUCCAGUUAACAGCUCUCGGCUACAGACAACUGGGCAUGAGCCCAGGAGGCAGGGCUUGGGGGCUCCUGUCCUUCCUUACUGCCUUACUUGAGCAAGACCCUUGCCUCCUCUGAGUCUCAGGACCCGCCUGCCCCACGCAGAAAGGGGACCAGAUUAUCUCAAAGAUUAAUCACAGCUGACUCCCACGGAUUCCUUUCUCUCUCAGAGGGGCCACAGAAGGCAAACUGUCCCAGGGCAUGACAGAGGGAUGCCGCUGUGGCUGCUGCUGCUGUGUGGAGGGCCCCUGCUUCGGGUUCUGGGCUACCAGCUGGAGCUACAGGAGUCCGUGACUGUCCAGGAGGGCUUGUGUGUCCACGUGCGCUGCAAAUUUUUUUUGCCCUGGUUUAGCUUUGGAUUCAUCUCCAUAUCUUGGUUCCAGAAAGGGGCAGAUGUUUACUACGAUCCUCCAGUGGCCACAAACAAACCAGACAGGAAGUUGCAUGAGAGGACCCAGGGCCGGUUCUUCCUCCUUGGGGACCCCCAGACCAAGGACUGCUCCCUGUACAUCACAGAUGUCAACAUGGGGGACAGUGGGACUUACUUCUUACAUGUUGAAACACACUCAUAUCUAUAUAAUAUGCUUUCUCUGAAUGUGACAGCUCUGACCCACACACCUCACAUCCUUACCCCGGGGACCCUGGAGUCCGGCCGCCCCGGGGACCUGAACUGCUCUGUGCCCUGGGCCUGCGAGCGGGGAAUGCCCCCCAUCUUCUCCUGGACGUCAGCCGCCUUCACCUCCCUGGGUCCCAGGACGCACCUCUCCUCAGUGCUCACCCUCACCCCACGGCCCCAGGACCACGGCACCAACCUCACCUGUCAAGUGCAAUUCCCUGCAAUUGGUGUGAUGGUGGAAAGGACCAUCCAGCUCAAUGUCACCUAUGCUCCACAGAACACGGUCAUCAGGAUCUUCCAAGGAAACGGAAUAGCCCUAGAGACUCUGCAAAACACCUCGUCCUUUCUCAUCCGGGAGGGCCAGGACCUGAGGCUGCUCUGUGCUGCCGCCGGCAACCCCCCCGCCAAGCUGAGCUGGUUCCGGGGGUCCCCUGCCCUGAAUGCCACCCCCAUGUGCACGACCCACAUCCUGGAGCUGCCUCAAGUCGGGGCUGCGGAGGAAGGAACGCUCACCUGCCGAGCUCAGAACUCGCUGGGCUCCCAGCACGUCUCCCUGCGUCUCUCUGUGGUCUGCUCCCCGCGGCUGCUCGGCCCCUCCUGCUCCUGGGAGGGCGAGGCGCUGGGCUGCACCUGCUCCGCCAGAGCCCGGCCGGCCCCCACCCUAAGCUGGUGGCUGGGGGAGGGGCUGCUGGAGGGGAACCACAGCGACGCCUCCUUGACCGUCACCUCCAGCUCCGAGGGGCCCUGGGCCAACAGCUCCCUGAGCCUCAGGGGGCCGCUGGGCUCUGACCUCAGACUCAUCUGCGAGGCCCGGAAUGAGCACGGGGCCCAGAGCACCGCCGUCCUGGUGCUGCGGCCAGAUAAACCAGAACCCAGGGCCAGUGGCGUCCUGGGAGCCGUCGGGGGAGCGGGCAUCAUGACCCUGCUACUUUCUCUCUGCCUUUGUCUCAUCUUCAGAGUGAAGACCCUCAGGAAGAGAGCAGCCCAGCCAGUGCAAAUCAUGGAUUUGAACCCAGCCGGUGACUCAGGCUCUGGGGCACAUCGGCACCGGGUCUUGACAGACAUCCCUGCAGACCCCCCAGCUCCUGCUGGGACUAGCCCCAUUUCAGGAGAAGAACAGGAACUCCACUAUGCUUUCCUCCGAUUUCCCAAGCUGAAGCCUCGGGAACAGGAAGGCGUCAACACCGAGUACUCAGAGAUCAAGACAUACAAGUGAGGAAUUGUUGGUCUCCUAGUUCUGGAGCCUGGAAGUCUGAGAUCACGUGUCAGCAGAGGUCUCUCUCCUUGGCUUGUAGAUGGCCAUCUUCUCCCUGUGAACUUACCUGGUCUUCCCUCUGUGUGUCUGUGUCUCAAUUUC